AUGGAGAACCACGGGAGCGGCAGCGGGCGCUCCAACAGCCGCCAUGACGCCUCUUCGGUUGCGGCGACGGACAGUGCAGGCGUUGCGUUCGAUGCGCAUCUUUACGGGGAGACACCGGCAGCGCACUACGUCACUGAAAUCGAUGCAGAGACACCUCUCGUCGCUCACGAUGGAGGCGCUGGAGGGUCGUCCUCGGGUCUAUCCGGCAGCCGCCCCAGUCGAGGCGGCCAGCGGUCAACUGAGGACGGGGCUCGCAUAGCGGAGCGUGAGCGGAUGCUGAUGAUCCAGGAGGGCGACGGCCCUGGAGGGUCGGAAGGGAUAGGUGGCGUCGACAAAUCGAUCGCCGCCCGCGAGGACUUUUAUCGGCGACAGCGCUACCAACGCGCGCUCUCUCCGGAGCGUGCCGAUCCCUUUUUGGAUGGCGAGCUCGGCGCCAACUCGCGGGGCGGCGACAGCGCCCGUACCUACGCUGACGUCAUGCUGGAGCAGCAACUGGAUCGCGAAAAGCAGGCUGCGGUUCGUCAAAUCCGAAAGAUGCAAGAGGAGGCGGAGCUUCAGAGGCAGCUUCACCAGCAGCAGCAACAGCUGGGCGCGGCGGCUGCAGAGGUCGUGCCUGAGAAGAAACGGAGACGGUGGGAUGGCGGGGCGGAGGGGACUGGGGACGGGCUCACCGAGGCAGAAAGGCAGGAACUUGCGCGCGCCAAAGCUACCUCAGGCGCAAAGGGCGAGGAGGGCGCCGCAGCCGCUGCUGCUGCCCUCGUUAGCCGAUGGGAUACGCCGCUGCAGGCUGGCGGACAGACACCGAGCGCAUGGGGCGAGACACCUCUCGUUGCCGGCGGGGAGAGCGGCGCAGGAGCCGCUCGAGCAGGGGCCGCUGGAGCCGCGCCUGGAAAGAAGAAGAGCAGAUGGGACGCCACGCCGACGGUCGGAGGCACUGGACAGGAGACUCCGACACCAGGCCACUGGGGGGCGACGCCGGCUGUCAACACAGCGGGGACGCCGAUGAUGUCAGGAAGCGGCGGCUUGACGCCGCUGAUGGCGCGGGGGGGGAGCGGCACGCCGCUAGUUCCCGGCGCAGGCACGCCGAUCCACGGAGGCGGCUCAGGCAACGCGACGCCGAUGCUCGCCCCGGGCUCGCAGACGCCCAUCAUGGGGCGAAAGCGCAGCCGUUGGGACGCCACUCCAGUCCUAGGCGCAGGCUCUGACGCCGACAUGGCGGCCGCCGCGGCCGCGGGCCUUACGCCGGGAGCCACACCCAUGACAGGCGGUGCGGGCAUGACGCCUGGAAAGGACGGCAGCACGCCGAUGACCAGCCAGAUGACCCCUGGCAUAACGCCUUUGGCCGUCACAGGGAUGGCUGGGGCGACGCCGCUGACUCCGGGGACGCCUCUGUCGACUGCUGAGCAGCUGCUGCAGCUGCGCAUACAGCAGGAGCAGGACGAGCGUACGCGGUACAUGACUGACGAAGAACUCGAUCGUCUGCUGCCCAAGGAGGGAUACGAAAUCGUCACUCCGCCAGCUGAUUACAACCCUCCGCCCUCGUCCGCUGCGGCGGCGGCGGCGCGUGCCCGGCAUCAGGCCAUUGGCAUGACGCCGGGCGUCGCGGCGACCCCAACGCCGAUCGGCGUGACUCCCCUGUAUACCAUGCCCGAAGAGGGUUCUGUUCCCAGCGGCAUGGAGGGCCUCAUGACCAUGGGAACGGGCAUAGGUGGCCAAUUGACCGCGGAGGGUGGCGGCGUCACAAUGAAGGCUGAAGACUACCAGUUCUUCGCAAAACUGUUUGAAGACAAGGACGAGGAAGAAAUGACUCAAGAGGAGGUGAAGGAACGCAAGAUUCAGUUGCUUCUGCUCAAGAUCAAGAAUGGAACGCCGCCGCUGCGCCGGACAGCGCUCCGAACACUGACAGAGAAGGCAAAGGAAUUUGGUGCAGCCGCGCUGUUCAACCAGAUUCUCCCUCUGAUGAUGCAGAGCACCUUGGAGGACCAAGAGCGACACUUGCUGGUUAAGGUUAUCGAUCGCGUGCUGUACCGCCUCGACGAUGCCGUUCGUCCGUACGUCCAUAAGAUCCUCGUUGUUAUUGAGCCGCUUCUCAUCGACGAGGACUACUAUGCGCGCAUUGAGGGAAGAGAAAUCAUCUCCAACUUGGCGAAGGCCGCCGGCCUGGCGACGAUGAUUGCCACUAUGCGUCCCGAUAUCGACCAUCCUGACGAAUACGUCCGCAACACAACUGCAAGAGCGUUUGCGGUUGUGGCGUCUGCGUUGGGGAUUCCCUCGCUGAUUCUUUUCCUCAAAGCCGUGUGCCAGUCGAAGAAAUCCUGGCAAGCACGCCAUACAGGCAUCAAGAUCAUUCAGCAGAUGUCCAUUCUCAUGGGCUGCGGAGUGCUUCCGCAUCUGAAACAGCUUGUGGAAAUCAUCCAGCACGGACUUGACGACCAAGUGCUCAAGGUGAAGACAGUCACAGCUCUCGCGCUCGCCGCCUUGGCUGAGUCUGCGGCGCCGUACGGUAUCGAAGCCUUCGAUAGUGUGCUUAGGCCUCUUUGGAAGGGUAUGGGAGAAAUGCGAGGAAAGGGUCUCGCGGCGUACUUGAAGGCUAUCGGUUCCAUUAUUCCUCUUAUGGACGCCUACCACGCCUCGUACUAUACACGAGAAGUUAUGGUCAUGUUGGUGCGUGAGUUCGAAACGAACGACGAAGAAAUGAAGAAAAUCGUUCUCAGAGUCGUCCGACAGUGUGUCGCAACGGAAGGUGUCGAGAGCGAAUACAUCCGCACAGAUAUCGUGCCGCCAUUUUUCGUCAAGGUCUGGUUGGUGCGGAACGCUCUAGAUCGCCGCACGGCGAAGCUGCUGAUUGAGACAGUCGUGGAGAUCGCCAACAAAGCCGGGGGCGCCCACAUCAUCCAGCAAAUUGUAGAAGACCUGAAAGACCCCAGCGAGCCUUUCAGAAAGGUGACCCUGGAGGCUCUGGAGCAGAUCAUUGUGAACAACGGCGUCUUGGAUGUCGAUAAUCGUCUGGAGGAGCAGCUCAUCGAUGGCUUGCUGUACGCCUUCCAGGAGCAAACGUCGGAAGACACCACUGCUCUGCUGAAUGGAUUUUCUACGAUCGUGAACGCCCUGGGCACGCGCAUCAAGCCGUACCUGCCUCAGAUUUGUGGUGUUAUUCGCUGGCGUCUCAACACUCCAAGCGCGAAACUCAGGCAACAAGCGGCAGACCUCAUUGCACGCAUCGCGGUCGUCAUGCAGAAGUGCGGCGAGGAGCAGAUGCUUGGGCAUUUGGGACUUUUCCUGUACGAAUAUCUCGGGGAAGAAUAUCCGGAGGUCUUGGGUAGCAUUUUGGGCGCGUUGAAGGCGAUUGUGAAUGUGAUUGGCAUGAACAAAAUGACGCCUCCGAUCAAGGAUCUGCUUCCGCGUCUCACGCCGAUACUCAAAAACCGACACGAGAAGGUUCAAGAGAACGUGAUUGACCUUGUUGGGCGUAUCGCCGACCGUGGAGGAGAUCUGGUGUCGCCCAAGGAGUGGGAUCGCAUUUGUUUCGAUCUGCUGGAUAUGCUGAAGGCCAGCAAGAAGGCGAUUCGACGCGCGACGGUCAACACCUUCGGCUACAUUGCUCGAACCAUCGGUCCUCAGGACGUGCUGGCCACCUUGCUGAACAACCUGAAGGUGCAGGAGCGCCAGCUGCGUCUGUGCACUACGAUCGCUAUUGCCAUUGUGGCUGAAACCUGCCUGCCAUAUUCGGUGCUCCCCGCCUUGAUGAACGAAUACAGAGUCCAGGAGCUGAAUGUGCAGAAUGGUGUCCUCAAGACGCUCUCCUUCAUGUUUGAGUACAUUGGAGAAAUGGCCAAGGAUUACAUCUACACGGUCGUCCCCUUGCUCGAAGACGCUCUCAUGGAUCGCGACCUCGUGCACAGACAGACUGCUGCGUGGGCGACCAAGCACUUAGCUCUUGGGGUGCAUGGUCUGAGCUGUGAAGAUGCGCUGCUGCAUUUGAUGAACUACGUGUGGCCGAAUAUCUUCGAAAAGUCGCCGCAUCUUGUUCAGGCCUUCUUUGACGCGGUCGAUGGCAUGCGUGUCUCCCUCGGCGCGGGUAUCGUUUUCCGCUACGUCCUCUUGGGCCUGUUUCAUCCGGCAAAGAAGGUGCGUGAAGUGUACUGGCGAGUGUACAACAACCUCUACAUCGGUCAUCAGGACGCCAUGGUUGCGUUCUAUCCUCCUAUUCCGAACGACGAGAAAGGCUGCUAUGCUCGGGAUGAGCUGCUGUAUGUUAUUUAG